AUGGCUUCUGCUUCAGCAACUUCUCUCUGCAGGUUCCAAACCUUUCAAAACCAGCCAAUCAAGACCUGCCAGGCCAAAUCGGAGACAGUGCAAAAAGUGGAGAUUGUGAGUUUAACAAUUGGCUUGUUGCCUCCAGAGUCAGAGGUUUCCCCUGACUCCAAGUUUGCAUUACUUGGUGCCGACUCUCUCGACACCGUGGAGAUAGUGAUGAAUUUGGAGGAAGAGUUUGACAUUAGCGUUGAAGAGGAGAGCUCUCAGAACAUAAGCACGGUCCAAGAAGCAGCUGAUUUGAUAGAGAAGCUCAUUGAAAAGAAAUCAGCUGCUUAAUUUAUUCAAAUUAAUUGAGUUUAGUUAUGUUAAGCUUAUUGGUUAUGAGCUGCGACUUUUUCUUAUUUGAUUUGGUGAGGUUGGUUUGCAAGUUGUGGAUUUGAAUGACUUUGAUUUGGUUUGGUGAAGUUGCCUAGUUUUUUUCUACAACAUUGUUGCUGCAAAAAUGCAUGCUAUUUGUCCUUGUUAAUGUAUGUGAACAAAUAGGGCUUAUCAUAA